AAUAAUAUACAAUAAUGGAUUCAGAUUAUUCAUUUUCAUUAACCACUUUCAGUCCAUCAGGUAAGUUAGUUCAAAUUGAACAUGCUUUACAAGCUGCAGCAUCAGGUGGUUCUGCUAUUGGUAUUAAAGCAAAGAAUGGUGUUGUUUUAGUUACUGAAAAGAAAUUACAUUCAUUAGUUGAUGUUUCAUCAGUUCAAAAGAUUUCAAUGAUUACAGAAAAUAUUGGUGUUGUUUACGCUGGUAUGGGUCCAGACUCAAGAGUUUUAAUUAAAAAAGCUAGAAAAGAAGCUGAAAAAUACUAUAAACAAUAUAAAGAAAUGAUUCCAGUUCUCCAAUUAGUCAGAGAGUUAGCUUCAAUUAUGCAAGAAUAUACUCAAUCUGGUGGUGUACGUCCAUUUGGUGUUUCUCUUUUAGUUUCUGGUUUUGAUGAAAAAGGUCCACAUCUUUAUCAAGUUGAUCCAUCAGGCUCAUACUUUGCCUGGAAAGCAACUGCUAUUGGCAAAAAUAUGAUAAAUUCAAAAACUUUCCUUGAAAAACGUUAUAACGAUGAUUUAGAAAUUGAUGAUGCUAUCCAAACAGCACUUAUUACACUUAAAGAAGGUUUUGAAACUCAAUUAACUGAAUUCAAUAUGGAAUUAGCUGUUGUCAGUUCAAAAAAUCAAAAGUUUGAAAUUUUAACUCCAUCACAAAUCAAAGAUUAUCUUUCAAAUUUGUAAUAAAAUUAUUGUUUUAUAUAAUCAUAUAAAUUAUUAAAAAUAAAAAAUAAAAAAAAAACUCUUGUUAAAUAGUAAAUAAUU